AUGGUUUCCUUAACUACAAAUUUCAAAGCACUUGCAUUUUCAGCAUCUAUCUUUAUGGUCUUUGUGUUUUUCCCAUUCAUUAACAAACCCAUUUCACUCCAAACCAAUUUUAUUCAUCUUGCUACACCACCCUUGUCUCAACAACCAAAUGAUGCCACCAACAUUUCCCAUCUAGUUUUUGGCCUCGUGGGCUCGACCAAGGCAUGGCGCUACCGAAAAUCCUAUACGGAGUCAUGGUGGCGUCCAAACGUUACUCGUGGCUACCUCUACCUCGACACGCCUCCCACUCAAGACCUCUUACCAUGGUCACAAAAAUCACCUCCUUUUCGUAUUUCUGACGAUAACACAAAGUUAUUAGAAGAAACCAAACAUGUUGCACCAAUAAUGGUUCGAAUGGUUCACGCCGUGAUUGAAGUAUUUAGAGAAGAACACGAAAAUGUACGGUGGUACAUCAUGGGAGAUGAUGACUCGGUUUUCUUUGUUGACAAUAUGGUUGAUGUUUUGUCGAAAUAUGAUCAUACAAAGUACAUAUAUAUUGGUGGUCACUCGGAGUGUAUAACAUCAAACCAAGCAUUUUCUUAUGACAUGGGAUUUGGUGGAGCUGGACUAAUAAUGAGUUACCCUUUGGCAAAAAUGGUGCAAAAAAAUAUAGAAGAUUGUUUUAGAAGGUAUCCAUACUUAACAAGUGCUGAUCACAUUUUAAUGACUUGUGUCAAUGAUUUUGGAGUCUCGGUGACUUCUCAUCAAGGUCUUCAUCAGGUAUAA